UCUUUAAUGGUUCCAGUCAUACCUGACAGGCAGGAGUUUCUCUGUCCAGCUAGGGAAGUAUUCUUCCACUGUGUCGCCUCUUGGCUGUGGGGUACCUCAAGGUUCCAUUUUGGGUCCUGUGGUAUUUUAUUGUAUUAAUGCUAACUGUAUAUCAACUAUAUACAUUUUAGAGUAUAUAUCGACUUGUUCCUAUGCUUGUACAGCACUUUGGUUAAUGGAAGUUGUUUUAAAUGUGCUUUAUAAAUAAAUUUGGUUGAUUGAUUGAUUUAUUUCUGUGCAUGCUUUCAGAACUGUCCAGUUCAGUUCCGGGAAACUUAUUCAAAACUACAUAUUUUAUAAGAUCCAUUUUCAGUGAAUGCCUUGUUUUGUUGUAUUGCCCUGGAUCUCCCCCGGUUCCUCUACUUUCUCUUUCGCUAAUUUCCCCCCGUCGAUUUUAAUUGCACCGCACACAGCAGAAUUCCUUUCCACUGCGUCUAGUGGCCUUGCAGGCUCUGACAGGAAGGUUUACGGUGUUGAACAUUGCAGUGGUGGAACAUAACCAGCUGACAUUCAUGGGGGAACGACGAAACAUGUUCUUUAUUGGGUACAAGCUCCCUCUAGGCCAGCUGGGGGAGGAUCCUGGGCUGUGUGGAGCGCAGCAUUAAAUCCACGGGACUUUCCUACCCUUUGCUGUGCUAAAGUUCAGUGUCACUAAGCUUGGAUUCACAGCACAGGGGGAGUGGGGGGGAGGAGGCUGCUUUCAUUAAAAGAAGAGGUAUUUAUGAUUCAGCAUUCUCCGCAGCCUUCUGUUCCUGGAGCUUGGGUCGGCCGUUUUAAAGAUAGCUGUCAGUUAUGCUUGGCCACCCCUACUGUCAUAUCAUCUCCCUGUCGGCAAUGACCUCCCCUGCCGUCCACUUCAGCAUGAGUGAAACGAACUGAAGCAACACUUAUCUCCGCCCUGCAUGGUGAGGGGUUCAGGGCUCUGCUGUAAGGCCUUGUUCCAGAGCCAAUCUGGCAGCUUUCGCCCACAUGAUUCCAUGAUGUUGAUGCGUUUAUUCCCGACUUCCUUGCUCUGAUUUGGGAGCAGAUGGUGCAGUGGGCGGAAAUGCAGAUAUCCUGCUACAGAACACGGGCACCCGUGACGGAAAGGUGUGAACAACUUGUAUCACAAAAAUGGCUGGAAAAUUAUCAUCCUGUAGCAGCAAAACAGUACCUGUUCAUCCGUUGUAUUAAUAUGGACCCUUUGCAACACACUUGUGGCUGAAGUGGAAACUAUGGAAGAUGCAUCCUAUGAGGGAGAAGAAGAGAAGCCCUCAGAGAAAGCUGCAGAUGAGAAGAAACCGAGGAAGAGGAAGACUGAGAGUGUGAAGUUAACAAAGGCUAAGAAGAAGAAGAUGUUCUUACAGAAGGAGUGCUUCGUUGCUCAGGAGAAGCAAGACACGGCUGAAGAUAAAGGUGUUGAAAAGCCAAAGAAGAGGAGAAAGAAGAAGAACAUCACCGAUGCUUUGGCCGCAUCUGAGCCCAAGCCAGGAUGUGCAGCCGAUCUUCAGGAACUUCUCCGUGAUCACUACGCCGACAAGCUCUCCAUCAUUGAGUUGGAGGAGUUGCAGCUCCCAGAUUCCUGCUUCUUGGCCAGAAAUGACCUUUCACACUCCCUGUCCUCCUACCUUAAGGAAAUUUGUCCAAAAUGGGCCAAAGUGCAGAAGAACCACGCAAUUAAGAGAUCUGUCGUCCUGCUGAUAAUCUGUAGCUCAGCCCUUCGCACUAUCGAGCUCAUCAAGCAGCUGACGGCUUUUAAAGGAGAAGGAAAAGUUCUUAAAUUAUUUGCAAAGCACAUAAAGGUGGAGGAGCAGAUGAAGCUGCUGGCAAAGGGGGUUGCACACAUCGGAGUGGGAACGCCAGGCAGAAUAAAAGCGCUCAUUGAAAAAGAUGGGUUGACCCUGGAUGCCUUGAAGUAUGUGGUGCUUGACUGGAACUGGAGGGACCAGAAGCUGAGGAGGAUGGUUGACAUCCCAGAGGUCAAAGUUGACAUGCUGAAGCUUCUGGAGACCCGCAUCAUUAUGGGCUGCAGGGCUGGAACAAUUAAAUUAGGCCUCUUCUGAUCAAAGACCUCUUCAUAAAUCACGUUUUCCAUUGUUCAGUAGUUAGUCAUGAUCCUGUAUGUAAAUGGUAUGGAUUUGUAUAUGCCUCCCUAAACACAAUGCAAAAAAACUGAAAUGAAAUGCAAAUAAAAAUAAACUGUGCAACUGGUGUC